UAUGUCGCCCAACCGGCGCCGUCAUCAGCGGCAUCACUGCCAGUAUCGUCGCAUCUAAACAUCUUAAAGCCUACAGAAGAUUGUGCUUUGGGACGGGAAAAGCCUCUUCAUAUGCAUCAUACCCGGAAGUGCACUGUACUCACAGAGACGUGAGAAAGGCUGAUAAAAGCAUGCUGAUAAAAGCCACUGUAACCAGCUUACCGGAUCCCCGGUGCUGUUGCUUUCCGAACACACAUAAGCGCCUCUGUGUGUGCAAAUGGGUCUGGGAGCUUCUUGUCUACUGCAGUCUACAAAAAAUCCCCAGCAGUCUUUGCUGCGUGAGUUUUUAUAUGCUGACACGCGCGAAAUAUGAGUGACGGACGAUCCAGAAAAAGUCGCUGUAGCAAUUAGCUUCAUCCACCCAAUGAGACGUCAUUUUACUAAAUUCGCAUUUGUUCCUCUGCCGAUACGCGUGUUUGCAGCAGUAAUGGUAGUGGCGGUGGCGGCGUUGAUCAGGCGCUUUUUAGUUAGAAAAAACGGCAACUAUAUUUGCAUCAGUAAAGAGAACGGUAGUAAUAGUAGUAGCAGAAGUAGUGGUAGUAGUACCACUAUUAAUAGUAGUAAUGUCAACAACUGUCGUUUUAGUGGUUGUAGUGCUUUCUGUUACUUAAAUCGAAGAGGGCAUAGGAACUGUUGUUCCCAAUCACAGCAAUCCGUUAACUGUCCUGGGGCGCGCUCUGGAUUUGUAUCUGUCGUACUAGGACUCAAAUUAUAGUGCGACUUGAUACUGGACACAGAUGGUGCACAUACUGAUUUUCUGAAAUGAUGAUGAGCUUUCAUCCUCCUCAAGUGAAAGGGUGGAAACUGUGAGAUAAUUCCGUAAUAUCAGUUAAUGCUGAAUUUAUCAAGGUAUUUUAAGGUAACAGGUAGCACUGAACAGGGUAGGUGAAGGGAAUAACCCUUUUAUAUAUUGAUUAAAGUGUUCUCGCUAGAGUGGAAAACCAAUCUAGAGAUGUUAUGCAAUAAAACUGUGGACAAAACGUCUCGUUGGUGCAAAAAGUCAUUCGUUUGUGCUAUUGGUGUCUGAAAUUAACACAGGGAUGUUCUAAGGACUAGAGGGGAUCGACAAUAAAUUAAGCAAGAGGCGGAAUUCUAGGCCUUAGGACUGUCGAAAAAGGGAAUAUUUCGCUGUUGUUUUUUGAUUUUAACUCUUCAACUUACUUUAGAUAAAAAGUGUUUUAAUUAGUUGUAUCACAGUCUAGAAGUGUUAGAUAAUUAUGGAUCGUUUUGUUAUGUUCAACAAUAAAUAAGCUUUUUCUGGUGGUAUUGUCCAGGGAAUCUCUCGUAUACUAUUUGGUGUGCUUAUUUGUUUCCUAGAUUUUACAAUAAAAACUUCAGUUAUCGUGAUUUUCCUGCACGGUAAAAAAAGCUACAGUUCAAACUUUAAAAAAAUAUCCUUGUUAUCUUAGUGUUCUUAAGCUAGGCAUGAAAGCACCUAGAGACAAGGUCUGCUUUCAUUUGUAAUAGAAAAGAGGGUGCAAAACUCCCGUUUCUCGUUUUUGUUCGGGCGUCUUUUCUCGUUUUCCUUGGCGGACAAAGGCGUGAAUUGUUGUCAGCAAUUUCUCUUGAAAUCCCCAAAGCUUUAGGCCAACAGAAAGACCUCUUUCAACUUCUUUACGAACACAGUAAAUUUCGAAGCUCAUUUGUUACGCCUGCAUCUGUUUGCGCUUUGUCCGCUAAGAAGCAAAAUUUACGUAAAUUCUAUGUCACUGUUAGGCUCAACUUCGAGGUAACUUCAUUCAUGGCCUCAUUUAUCUUCACAACCAACGUUAUUUUUAUGUUUCUCAUCCCUUAUUAACGGGGUAGCGCCUUCCACUUGCUGCAAUUUUGUUCGGAUGAAACGAGACAAGGAUGAUUUUUGUGUAAUGUAGCAGGUAAUUUGCCAUGAUUUUGCUAAAGACUUGACAGGAGUAUGCUUUUUUUACUAUAUUUCAUCGGGAUGGAAUUUCCAGGUCUGGAAAAGUACGUAACGUGUUUAUUUAGACUUUUCUCCAGUUUCGAGUGAUAUGUAACAAAUACCUUUUGUAAUUUAUUUUGCCUGCCUGCCAUGUCUGUCAUUUGAUAUAAAUUAGGUGUUUUAUCUAACGUCAAAGUGUUUUAUAAAGCAGAAUACGAAAAACGCAUACCGAUCCACGUCAACGCAUACAUCAAUUUGGCUUCAGAUAAAUUUCGCAUUGACUACUUCGGUUGCACACGGGAAUAGUUCUCCCCCCUUAUUAGAGGUAGUCUUGCGCUAAAUCUCACAUGUGGCACCUAUUCCCACAUCCUAGCCGUAACGCUGACACCAACCCCAGCCCCAAACCAAACGUUAGCACCAACCUUAUCCCUAACCCCUGGGAUUCGGCGUAAGACCAUCUGUAAUGCGGGAGCACCUAGUCCCGUGUUCUAAGAUUGCUCAAUACGGUACAUAUAGUUUUGCACACUUUUUUACCUAAGAGCACACUGAAAGGGAAUUUUUUGGCGUUAAUCUAACUACAGGGCAUUGAACAGACACAAAAAGAUGAAUAUGAAUGUUGCGCCUAUAGGCCUUCUUGCCAGAACGGAAUUAUUGUUACAGCUCAAGAGAAGAGGGAACAGAGAGUCCACUGGCGUAUUUUUUUCUUAGGUCACCAAACUGGAAGUUGUCGUGCAACAGAACUUUUUGUUUGUAAGUAGCCCAACCUCAGUACAUUACUCCCCAACUGAGAGCGGAGUUCUCAUCAAACCUAAAGAACGAAAACAGGGAUCUUUUUCGUUACCGCAAACACUGCUUUCCAUUUUGCGGCCAUGUUUUGAGCAGUUAUCUACCUGUUAUGGUUUGAGUGUCUAAAAAUAGCCCAUGCGUGAAAGCACGUUUAUAUAUAUGCGGUAUUUUAUUACCGACAAAGACAAGGGAGAGUGGAAUGGCUAUUUCUGGCUUAUUAGUCGUCGUCAGCCAGCCGUCUACCACUUUAUAUUCCCGAUCGCAACCGACAGGACAACGAGCCCGUGGCGCAUUGGUUGGAGGCGUUGGAUUUCUAACCAACAGGUCACGGGAUCGAGUCCCAAGUGUUACACACCUCGGAUUUGUGUAUGGCUGGCUGACGACGGCUAAUAAGCCAGAAAUGGCCAUUCCAGUCCCCCUUGUCCUCAUUGGUAUUCUAUUCUAUUCCGAGGUCAUCCUACACUUUGAGAGUAACCACCCCAUCUCCCACAAGAGGAGUACUGUCUGCAGCCUGCUAAACCAAGCUAAAACACACUGCUCUGAUGAAGGAAGUUGUCAAGCAGAAAUGAAGUAUCUUUUCAAAUUAUUUUCCAACAACGGGCACCCGCGCCACUUUGUACGUCAUUGCAUGAAACAUGAGUUUAAACAGAAAGGUAUUUCGAAAACAUCGGCCACCCAGGCACCAAAAACACUCACCUGGCGGACCAUCCCAUACGCGAAAAAUGUAUCUGAACUUGUCGAAAGACAGCUGAAAAAACAUCAGAUACAAGUAGCACACCAACCUACAUCCACCUUGCGUACACAGCUUAUACACCCCCUUGUCCACACAACAACUGACCACAAUUUUAACCAACAACAACGACACCACGAGGGGUCAGAAGGAAGCGACUGCUAAGGCUGCCCUGCUCACGACCUGUAUGCCCAGCGAGAGCGCAAGCGAGUCCACCGGCAGGAAAGCAGGUGUCGUAGAAUUGUUAGCGCACACCAGGCUGGGAGAGCCAUUGUUUGCUGAUCCUGACGCUGACAGACCUUUUCACCCACCAAUAAUAAGCACGUAAGCUUCAACAACUUUCCUUUCCUUACCGGAAUAAUUUAACGAGGGACGUAUAGCACGUGCCGAAACAUAGGAAACGCAUAUCCAAAUCGGUAUGUAUGCAGGCACAUUGAAAAUUCUACCUUGAUGUGUUUGUUAAGAUACCAGACCAGGAUUUUCGUUUCAAACUAGUUGACACACAGUGGUAGAGUGGGUUUUGACUGACUGUUUACCCAUCCCCGUUGUCCUCACACAUGGAAGACGCCUUUCUAUUAUGUACAGGACGAGGUGCCGAACCAAACAAGAGGGACUAGGCUGGACAUUUCUGGCCUAUAAACCGUCCUCAGACAGUUGGCUAUACCCAAUACAAAGUCUUAAUGACCUGCGUUUCGACCCCAGCUUCUCUGGUCACUGGGCGUUUUGUAAUUAAAAACCCAAUUUAUUACCCCACCCACAACAUUUUGAUUUAUUUCAUCACAAAGAACCCGGUUUUUCUAUUUUCUACCCAGCCUAAUGAGGAAAAGGUAUAGGCUAAAAGUCGUCUGAUGUUUUUCUUAGCGUUAAAACCGGGUAAUUUCAUGUUUCAUAUGGACCGACCAUAUUCUUCUAUCAACUCACGGCGUUUUAUUUUAGUAUUCUCUAGAAAAAAAGAUAGAUGGAUUGCCCUGGUUAAAUGCAGAAAACCAGAUUACUAUUGACUAACAUGCCGGGGAAUAACUAUUUUCAUAUGUAAGUUAUGGUUGCUGACGUGUAGAAAUUGCAGAAAAGAGCGAGCUAUUUCUCACACAAUGGCCAGAUCGAUUGAUUUUGACGUCUUUAAUUCGCCCUGUCCGAGGGUGGAAGAAAUACCAGCAAUAAAGCUGCUUUUCGAUGUGAAGAUAUAAAUGACACGUUUAUUAACACUGAUGAAAAAUAUUUCCGGUCUUUCCAUUUCUUUAAAUUCAUUAAGUAAGCAUCAUAAAUAGUUGGCUUGACAGUUCCCUCCUUAUUUAUUGUUAUUCCUGUCCGCGAGGCCGUUAAUGAUGAGUAAUUCUAGCACUAAUAUUGGGGCUAGGACCAAUCGUGUAACAGUAAUAGCUCUGGCAAUAAUGCUGGUGAUAAUGCUCGUAGUGGUGGCGGUGGUGUUGGAAAUAGCUAUUGCAAAAUCAAAAAUAAUAGGAAUAAUAACAGUAAAACUUCCGAUCGUAUUAGUAGCGCUACUUAUAUUGUCAGGAGUAGUAGUGACAGUGACAGUAAAAUCAGCUCGUCUCGCUUGUUCCCCCUCUUUUGCAAUCUAGUUACCCGAGAGCAGGUCAGCAUUUCCUGUUUACAGACUGAUAAAGAGGGUUCCCAGGCGGAAGAAGCUCCAGGUACCAACUCCUCGACGCCGCCUCUCCACCCACAGGCCAAGUGCGAGGCUGCCGUUACCACUAUGUCUGGCCUGGCGCCACCGGCCGCAGGGUCGGGUGGCAACAUCAGCAAUGGGAUGUCGUUACCUUCUGACCUGCAACUCUCCACCAGCCGUGGUGACAAGGCAGAUAAAACAGUAGUGUUGGCUGCAUGUGAUAUUUCAACUGGCCACUCCUGGGGUCCUUUCCAUGCAACUACUCAAUGCUUACGACGACGUAGUCCCAGUCCACAGGCCGACGCCGCAGCCAAGCAGAUAACAAUUCAGGUAUGCUGACAUCUUUCUCCAGCCUGUUGACUUUUCCAUUUGCCUUUCAUUCUUGCAGUGCUAUACAUCCUUAAUAGUCAUGAAGUUAAAGAGCGAAAGACGAGCGACGAAAAACAAGUCAGAAAUAGCCAUACUAAUUUUGCCGGAAAUUCUUCAUCCUUCUUUAGAGGUCGGCACUUGUGCGCCAACAUAAAGGGCCUUUUCUUCGAAUUGUCUCCUUUUUGCUCAUUACGUAAAUCCAAGAAUUGGUUUUCGACCCAAUUCAAAAUCAGUUCACAAAGGGGAAUGGCAUUGAGUGUACAUCUUUUUGGACAGAAAAACUUCUCAAUAAUAGACUGAUGGGUAUAAACGCGGAAAACGAAUGUACUAUGUGUUAGUUUGAUUAAUCUGAAAAGUCAGCAUAUUCCUAUGCUCAAAUCGUAUCUCUUGGCGUAUUAGAUAUUCUUUUUAAAUAAGGUAUUAGUUCAAGAGUAAUACAUUUUCACAAUCAAUAGACACGGUAAGAAAAUAAUCUAAUAGAUUGGAUGUUUGACCUCUUACGUCUGAUGCUUUUAUAGCCGUGGGAACGGGCCUGAUAUGCUAGCCUAUAAGACUACACUAGAGCAUUGUAGAGGACAUUUGCUGCCAGUUUCAACGAGGCAAACUUAGUAUGCAGCGUAAGAAGUACUAUUCGGUUUAUUGACUUAGAUCUGAGGGACUUCCUAUUUUAGAGCAUUCUAUGGAAGCUCAUAUAAAUUUCUGAAAUUUUCAAGACUUUUUCUGUUCUUAUUAGGGUAGCUGUUUCGCUACGGUGAUGUGCCUUUGUUAUUUCAUGCCAUGUUUAUCUUCUGCGCAACUCCAAUGCACAAGUUAUGUGUACCACCUGUUUUAGACCUCUGGUGGAGAGUGCAGUAUUCGCUUACAGGAUGAAGACUCAUGGAUAACUUUGGUGUGCGAAGGUGCUGAGAGCUCUGCGGUAGUGGAAAUGCCAAAUAUCGAUAUCUUCUUCGAACGUACGUUUCGACAUGUAACCGAACUAGUUUGGAUAUUCUACAGGAUUGCAUGUUGUUCUCUACAUAGGACUUCUAUUUGUGGCUAAGUCCUCCCGCCCCAGCUGAGAACAAAGGAGGGCCGUAGUAGAAGUAUCCACCAGGUUCACUGAUACGCUGGUCGGUGACCGUCUGGAUUGUGUCGCGCAUGUUACCCGUUCAUGCGUGGCAAUUUCCUGCAGUGUAUCUUCGUGAGUAUAUUGCCAUCUAACGGUCAGUCAGCCGCAUCUACGAAUUGGGAAUAAGACCACAGUUGCAACGUGGACUCCCGCAUUCUACACGUCGGAUAUUUUUCAUGCGCAGGAAGUGCAUAAGAGGGAAACGGAGACUGAAUUGCCGUUUCUGUCUUGUUUGUCAUCGUCGUGGGCGCGUUGUUUAACCCCAGAGAUUUACGUAACCGACGGCGGCCAUUGUGCAAGAAAAUGGCCUUCCUGAUGCUCUUAAACUUAAAAACAUUGUUUUUUCAGGAGUAAGUGUUAAAAAGAUGAACCACUAGACUUACAAAUGUGCGAAGUCCGUUCGCAGAUGUGUCACAAUAUUUAUGACAUCUUAAAAUUCUGAAUGUCCCUUGCCUUUGUCAGUAUCCCCUCGGUAGCAUUUAAUUUCAUAGGACAGCGAUGGCAUCAAAAGUUAAACUUAAACACAGCAGGAAAUAACAGUCCGGAGAAAGCCCAUGACAUUUCUAAGAACGUUCUGGAAAGCAACUGCGGCUUUGCAGACAAGUGAAUAACUUACUUUAUUUGCAAAAACAGGCGUGUCUAUGUAGUUAGGUUAAUAUCACCUCUAGUUCGCAUGAUAAUACGAAUAUAAAUUUACAAAAUUUAAUUAGCUUGACAGUUCAACCGCCGUUUCCAACGAUGUCCAACGUGUGCCCGCAGCACGAUGGACGCAGGAACGAUGGCUUGCGCGCGAGUUAGCUUAUGGCGAUUGUGGACUUUCGCUGCAUCUGCCGCACCUUCUCAACCCUCAGCCACUUGGGUCCAGUGUCAAUACAGAGUCAAGAAGACCGGAGGUUGGGAUCGAGCGCAGGUGGCUGGCACGGCGUGAACCCGCGCCUAGGCGUGCCACCACGCCCCCUGGUCAGCGCACA